AUGAACUGCAUACGGGCCAUAUUUUGUAAAGGCCGCCAUGCGGUCAGGGGGAAAAGCACACCCUUCCUCAUUAGCGGCAAUUUUAACGUUGUUGGAAGGAGGAACAUCAGCAUGGGCAUGAGGAAACUGAACAAGGAUAGCCCCGGUGAACAAACAAACUAUACGAGCAACCAACCAAAGGCAGUCCGCGUACCAAUAAUGCGGUUUUUCUAUGGCGUCAUCAUUCUAAUGGCAGUUGUCCCUAUAUGCCAGACCCUCUACGAGACGAAUAAAUAUUACGACGAGAACAAGCAUUUGUACGAAAAGGGACAGUGUUAG